GACAGCAUUUUACUUUUUUGGUGAUUUUGUUUGCAAACAAACUUUUCUCAGUGGAAAAUCAGCAAAAUACAAUUAAAUUCUUAUCAGAAUCGCCAAAUCCAGUGCGUCAAGAUGCACCGACGCGGGGGAAAGCGCAUCCGGAUGAUGGAGGCUUCCUUCAACGAGCAGAUGGCCGAGAGGGCGGAGAGCGAGUCGGAUCACGGCGACAGUGAGGCGUCGCCCAACAAGAGCGGCCGGAUGACGCGAUUGCGCGCCCGCGGCGGCGUCCGCGACAAGCCGCCCAUUAUUGACGACGACAUUGACGAUCUCAUCGCGCCGCCGGUGGUGAAGAAGCGCAAGCAGUACACGAAGCAGCCCAAGCGGGCGCCGGCGGAGCCGCGCGAGCGCGUGGAGCGCGAGCCCAGGGAGCGAGUGGCCACGGCCACGGAGAAGGAGACGCGAGAUGUGACCACGGACGAGUCCAGCCUGUACUACAUCGUGAGGCACAGUAAGUCCUCCAUCGCCACCAUCGUGGACGACUGGAUUUCCAAGUACAAAGUCGACAAGGAGACGGCGCUGAUCGACCUGAUGCAGUUCUUCAUCAACGCGAGCGGCUGCAAGGGGAAGAUUGACCACCAGCUGCCGGCCAUGGACCACACGUCCACCAUUCGCAAGAUGACGGAGGAGUUCGACGAGGAGAGCGGCGAGUAUCCGCUGAUAAUGCCGGGUCAGCAGUGGAAAAAGUUCAAGCAGAACUUCUGUGACUUUGUGCAGACGCUCGUGAAGCAGUGCCAGUAUUCCAUCAUCUACGACCAGUUCCUCAUGGACAACGUCAUCUCGCUGCUCACGGGCCUCAGCGAUUCGCAGGUGAGGGCGUUCCGGCACACCGCCACGCUGGCCGCCAUGAAGCUGAUGACGGCGCUCGUGGACGUGGCGCUGCUCGUGUCCGUGAACUUCGACAACGCCGCCAGACAGUACGAGGCGGAGCGCCUGAAGACGAGGGAUCAGCGCGCCUCCGACCGCCUCGAGUCGCUGAUGGCCAAGCGGACGGAGCUGGAGGAGAACAUGGAUGAGAUCAAGAAUAUGCUCACGUACAUGUUCAAGUCCGUCUUCGUGCAUCGCUAUCGUGACACUCUGCCGGACAUCCGAGCCAUCUGUAUGAUCGAGAUUGGCGUGUGGAUGCAGAAGUUCUCGCAGAACUUCCUCGAUGAUUCCUACCUGAAGUACAUCGGCUGGACGCUCCACGACAAGGUGGGCGAGGUGAGAUUGCGCUGUUUGCAGGCUCUGCUGCCGCUGUACGCGUCGGAGGAGCUGAAAGGGAAGCUGGAGUUGUUCACGUCGAAGUUCAAGGAUCGCAUCGUGGCCAUGACGCUGGACAAGGAGUUUGAGGUGGCUGUCCAUGCAGUGAGGCUGGUCAUCAGCAUCCUGAAGAUACAUCCGGACAUUCUCACAGACAAGGACUGCGAAAUUGUGUACGAGCUGGUGUACUCGUCCAACCGGGGAGUGGCCCAGGCGGCUGCCGAAUUCCUCAAUGUGCGCCUCUUCCGACUGGACGAGGAGGCGAUCAACAGCACCGUGACGACGAAGAGGGGAAAAGUGCGUCUGCCCAACACGCCGCUGAUCCGGGAUCUGGUGCAGUUCUUCAUUGAGAGUGAACUGCACGAGCACGGAGCGUAUCUCGUGGAUUCCUUCAUAGACAGCAAUCCCAUGGUGAAGGAUUGGGAAUGCAUGACGGAUCUGCUGCUCGAGGAUCCGGGUGUGACUGAGGAGCCGCUGGAUAACAAGCAGGAGUCGACGUUGAUUGAGAUUAUGGUGUCUAGUGUGCGUCAGUCAGCAACUGGUGAGCCUCCGGUUGGUCGCGGGAGCAACAGGAAGAUGAAUCUCUCGGCGAAGGAGCACAAGGUGGUGCAGGAUGACAAGCAGAAGCUCACUGAGCACUUCAUUCAGGCGCUGCCGAAGCUUCUCUAUCACUACUCAGCGGAUGCUGAGAAGCUGACGAAUCUUCUGGCCAUUCCGCAGUUCUUCGAUCUCGACAUCUACACAACGGCUCGCCAGGAGGGCAAUCUGCAGGCGCUGCUGGACAAGAUGGCCCACAUCAUGACCAUCCACACUGAUCGUGACGUGCUGGAGACGUGCUCGAAGACGCUGGAGUUCCUCUGCAUGGAGGGCAGCGCGAUAUACACGAAGUGCGACGUGGCCAGAUCCACGAUCAUCGACCAGUGCGUGAACAGAUACAAGGAGGCCAUCGACGACUGGCGCACUCUCAUAGCCGGCGAAGAGGUGCCGGAUGAGGAUGAGAUCUACAAUGUGGUGAGCAGUCUGAAGAAGGUGUCCAUCCUCUUCUCCUGUCACAAUCUCAAUCAGUGGAAUCUCUUCGAUUCCCUCUUUCGCGACAUUGACGAGCUGCAGACGGGCGAAGUGGGCGAAGCCACGCUGCCCAAUGAGGCGCUGAUCUACUGCAUCGAGGGAUGCUUCUUCGCCAUCAACUGGGCUCUGCACAGCCUCGAGAACUACUGUGACACGAUGAUGCUGACGCAGCAAACGGAGGAGUUGCGCGCCAACAUCCACAAGUAUCUCGAUGCGUGCCGCGGACUGAUCAAUCGCGGCGCCAGCGAAGACAUCCAAGAGGCCGCCUACAUCUCCAUCUGCGACUCCCUCAUCAUCUUCUCCGAUCAGCUCUCCACUCAUGCACAGCAUCUGCAGCGUCUGGAGUACGAGGCGUCGCUGGACAUGCAAUCCGUGCUCAAUGACUUCGUGCAGCAGCACGUGUUUGCGCUGCAACAGGACGAGGGUCAGGAUGAGAGGCGCAUUUCGGAGUUGCACAAGAAGAGGAACUUCCUCGCCGGCUACUGCAAACUCAUCGUGUACAAUAUCAUUCCGACAAAGGCUGCGGCGGACAUUUUCAAACACUACUUGAGGUGUUACAAUGAGUACGGUGACAUAAUUAAAUCAACGCUGGGAAAGGCGCGUGAGAUAAACAAGGUGAAUUGCGCCAUGACGAUGUGUCUGAGUCUCGUCACAAUGUUCAAGGAGAUCCAGGCGCGCUACAACACGCCACGCAUCUCCAAGUCCGUGCAGGAGUUCUCGGACUUGCGUGAGUUGGCCAAGCGCUUCACGCUGUCGUUCGGCUUGGAUGCUGUGAAGAAUCGCGAGGCGAUCACGGCUCUGCAUCGCGCCGGCAUUCUCUUUGCCGUCACGCAGCCGACGGACAUGGCAGAGGAGCCACACACGCCGCCGCCUUGUCUGCUCUUCCUCGAGAUCAUCAUGGAGUUCACGAACAAGCUGAUCAAGCAGGACAAGCGACUGGUGCUCAGCUUCCUGGACAGGCGCAUUGCGUCCGAAAUGCCACUGCAUCGCGGUGAAGAUUGGCAACCACUGAUGAAUUAUCGCAAUUCGCUGCUUCACGGUGAGUCUGAUCAGCCGGCGGCGGCGCCCAAGAGGGCGUACACGAGGCGCCGCAAGGAUCAUGAGCAUCCCGAGGAUGCGGAGGAUGAGAAUGAAGAUGGAGCGGACUCAGACACGGAAAUGCGACGCUAAAGCCGAAGGAUUGUAAUUUAACUUUGAAUUCCAUACUUUGUGUCAGAAGAAAUGGCAGAAUUUUUUGAAUAAAAGAUCCGUUGAAAGAUAUUUACAAAUGCACGCAUUUUGCAAGAAGUUCAAACUUGAGCUGUUAUUAUUUUCUCAGUUUAUUAUACUUUUAAAAUCAAUCAAUUUUUACACAAUACUAUUAUAGCCCCACACAUAUACACUUUUAUAUAUAUAUCAUGUUUUUUUGUCAUGUAAUUUUUUUACGUUUAGUUUCUUUUUUCUUACUCAGAGAUUCUAUGUUUUUUUUUCUUUUUAAUAAUAUUUUCCCUUCGAUAUUCUCUAUACGCAAAAUCCAUUUCCAAUUCGUUACAUGCUGUCCUUCCCGCCAAAACAUCCUUGGAACCAUUGUUUUAUCUUCCCAAAUUUGCUACAAUCCUCAUUUUUAUUGUUUAUUCCUCAUUUAAAUACAUGUCAUUUCAAUAGGUAUGUAAUAUUUGAAGGUAAUAUUUCACUUUUUUUUUUAUCAUUUACUAUAUAAUCUGAUAAGUUUAGUUGUUUUUUUUUCUCAUUUAUACUUUAAAUCUUGCAAUUUGUUAACACAAAAACGAAUCUUUGAUAAAUACAUCUUUUCAAGCAUUUUCUUUUUCUCAUAAUUCUCAUAAAUAUGGAAUUAUGAAAAUAAUUUGCAUUUAACUAAAAAACGGAAAAUAUACACAUUUUUUUCUCUCUUUCUCCUCUCGCUUCAAAAGUUUUCUAUUCUGCAGAAUGUCGUUGGUUUUUUUCAAUAGUUUUCCAUUUUUUUUCAAUGUCAUUUAUAAUAAUUUUACUUGUCUUUGCAUUUUUUUUUGUUGUUUGUUUAAAUCCACUUUUGAAACAGACAUUUAAUUAAAAAGAGAUCAAGAGGAAACAAGUUUUUCCCUAUGUUUAUUUUCUUCUCCCACCUCUUUUAGUCACUAAUUUGUUAUUAUGCGGUUAAUUUUGUAAUUAUUGUACUUGAAUUCUUGUAAUUCAUUUCCAAUCUCUUGUUCUUCAUGUUUUUUUUUUCUCUACAAAUUAUUCAUUGUUCGCCCCUUUUCGGUGUGCUUGAAGAAAGGACGAGGAAUCGAAUUUGUUUUUCCAGGGUGAAAAGUCAAUGAAUCAUUUGUGGGUUCUUUUUUCUUUCUUUCUUUCUUUCAUAAUAUUCAAAAGAUAACAAUUUAUUUCUCUUAAUCUUUGCUAGGCAUUUAAAAUUCUAAUUAAAUGGAAAUUUGAAAUGUUUCUUAGUUUUUUUGGGAGGGGAAAAAAGAAAUUUUAUUUCUCAGUGCGAAAUGUUUGUUUUUUUCUUCUUCUUCAAAAGUUCUGAAAUUCUCUAAAGUCAGUGCUUUAUUUUUUUUUGUCAAAAAUUUAUGAACUUUCAAAUUAAUACAUUUUACGCAUCUUUUUCUCUAUAAAGUUUCUUUGCUAAUUAAUGAAAAAGUAGAUAUUUUGCCAUGCUAAAUUUUCAUUAAUCAUUGAAUAUAGUUUUCUUCUUUUCCUUUUAAUAUGCUAAAUUAACGUCUUGUCGACAAUCACUCAUUAAAUGGAUUAAUUUGAUUAAUUCUUCCCCACCCGUUUCACAUGAGUGAUCAA